AUGCCCAGCUGGCUGCAUGCCUCGACGCCCGCCGCGAUCAGCCUCGCGCCCUUCAACCCCCCUCUCGGUGUUUAUCCCGAGAUGGCGAGGGCCGAGCCCACCCUCCUCGCUAUCAAGGAGGGUGUCAUGAGCCUCUCCGGGGACGACUUCUCCGUCAAGGACCAGAAUGGACAGACGGUCGUCAAGUGCAAGGGCAAGGCUAUGUCCAUGCGCGAGAGGAAGAUCAUUACCGACCCCUCGGGCAAGGUGCUCUUCAACAUCCACACGAAGAUGAUCGCGAUCCACACGACGUUCGAGGGCGACGACGCCUCUGGCCGCGAGGUGCUCAAGAUCCAGAAGAAGAUGAGCAUGGGUACCAAGAUGGAGAUCAAGUUCCAGAACGCGUCCGACAACGCCAAGGUCGAGCUCGACGUUAAGGGCGACUUCUGGGGCGGCUCGGCCAACAUCACCCUCAACGACCGUCCUGUUGCGCACAUCUCGCGCAGCAUUGCCAACGUCCGCGAGGUCAAGUUCGACAAGCAGACCUACGCCGUUCAGGUCGCCCCUGGUGUCGACCUGGCCCUCAUCGCCGCGGCUUGUAUCUGCCUCGACGAGCUGAAGGAGGACGGCAAGGGCGAGAACUAG